CCUCUUUAUCUCUUGAAUAUGAACCGUGGCCUGAGGAUGACCUCACUAACAGCCCCCUCCCCCAUUCGACGUUGAACCUUGAUGGCUCCGACGAGAAUAUCAACAACGAUAAGUAUCCGAGCCCUACCGUUGUCGUUUCGUCUCUGUCUCCUCCCUUGGACGGCACCAGCUUGAACUUCUCGGCCCGUAGAAGAUCCUCCUCUCGCACUCUACAGAUCCGUACCAAGGAAAUUCACGGUGAUUCUGUAGCAGGCGAGACUGAUUUACUCCAAACGGACAGGGAUGGUCCUCGUUUGCCUAACGGCCGAGCACAUGAACGCGCAAGAGAGACAGAGAAUAAUAGCCACAGUGUGGCGCAUACAGCCCCAUACUCGGCAACCAACCGUCACUUGGCUCGGCGGAGCGCUCCUACUAGUCAGGCCACAAGUCCAUCGACACCAGUGGCUCCUUUACCUCCGGCAGGCAGUCAGUCCAUCGGCGGGUCUCUUCCUGGAAACCGGUGAUGCUACGUCUCAAUUCACAUCGACAACAGCCCAGGGGCCACGGCUGCGUGCAGGCACUGAUGUCAAGUUGACACUCUGGGAUUUCUACGACCACGAAGCUCGUGCGUCUGACAAGGAUGUGCUUAAGCACUGGCAUGAUGACAUGAGGACGCUCCUCAUUGUGGCUUGUCUCCUUUCUGCUGUGCAGAUUGCAUUCAUCAUUGAGUUCUACGUCGGUCUCAAACCUGUACGUCUUCAUGAGCCGAGCACUCCGUCUGCACUUCCAAGGUCAGACGACUUGGUGGAACAGGCCGACGUUAGAUAUGAUUUUGCAUUAUUUUGGCACCGUGCUUAUCGAGAUCGAGUUUCGUCAGACGUUGAGAGCGAUACUUUCGAUAGCGCGUGCAGCGUUUGGAGAGCCGAAGCGUGGAGAGACAGAGUAUGAGCGUAUGAGAGUGUGUGCCCAUCGAUUGAGUAAUAAGAUGGGCUCAAAGUAUGUCAAUGCUAGCAACCAUGACAUGUCUCGGGUUGAGUAGGCAACUGAAGAACACGAGAAGACUCAGAGAAAAGCUCUAUGAAGAUGUUUUGUGUCCUUUGAGGCAGAUAACUGAUCGUUUUAAGGUUUGUCUUGUCUUGUAUCGACCUAUAAGUCCGUUGUGC